CACAUCUAGUAGCGUUGGCGCGGCUGGGGGGUGGAUCACCGGUGGAGGACAUAGUAUGCUGUCUAAUGAGCUUGGUAUGGUUCAAGACCUAUUCAAAUCUUAGUGGCAAGAUAGGCUGAUUGAUGAUGUCAGGCCUCGGCGUGGACAACGCUCAACAGCUCAAGGUUGUCCUGCCCAAUGGCACCUACGUCACGGCUAACCGAUGUCAGAACCAAGACAUCUUCUUUGCCCUUAGGGGAGGCGGAGGAGGUACUUUUGGUGUGGUGAUGGAAAUGAGCACCCUAGUGCACGAAGAAAAGCCAAUGCAGCUGGCCCAGGUGUCCUUGGCCAGCCUCGAUGCUGCCAGCGCAAAGACAUUUCUCUCAAUCCUGGUGGCCAACGCCGAUAAAUGGGCGUCCGAAGGCUGGGGAGGAUACAUCUCACCGGGGGUCCUGGGAAGCCAUAUUUCGAAUCUGGUCUUGGCAACCUCCAUGCUCAAUCAUUCCGACGCCGAGGCGUCCAUGAAGCCGGUGCUCGACUUUGCCCGACAGAGUGGCACAAUCACGCAGGCAAAUGUCACCACAGUUGACACUUUUUUCGGCAUUCUCAAGGGGUUUGCAGCCGUCGCAAAGCUUGGACAACCCAGCGGCUCGCUGGCCAUGUCGUCCCGCCUUGUGCGGCGAGAGUCGUUUGUUGGCGAUGACAAUCAGCGGCAGCUCUCGUCGAUUUUAAAUGACAUUCUGACCAGCAGCCAGGAGAACACCUUGCUAUCUAUAUCGCCCUUAUUCAUCAGCGUCACGGCACCCACCUUAUACUCAAAGCGCCUGCCGCGAUCAGAUCAGCCUGGAGGCCCCGGGGCUUCGUCGGUCACGCCUGCCUGGCGUGACACCCUGUGGCACGUCAUCCACCUGCGUCCCUAUGAUGGCCUUGUCACGCAGCCUAGACUUGUCAACCAGACUUGGCAGUCUACCCAUGACGCCCUGGGAGCCUUGCGGGACUUCACCCCGGCCUCCGGGGCUUAUCAGAACGAAGCCGACCCAUUCGAGCCAGAUCCGAUCGGGGCAUUUUGGGGGGAAGAAAACUACCACCAUCUGCUCCAGAUCAAAGAAAGGGUGGAUCCGACAAAUCUGUUGACCGUGCAUCAAGGAGUAGGAUGGGAUCGAAGAGACGAGAGGUAUCAAUGCUACCCCGAAGUCGCAAUCUGA